AUGUCGUCCAUCUCGAGAGGGAAGACCGCCAAGGCGCAGAAAGCCUACAAGAUUGUAAAGCCGAAGAAAAAUGCGAAAAAGACGACGAUCUCUCAACGAAAUCACCGAUUCCAGUCCUUCAACGAACGCAUCGCAACCUUGAGGAUCGAUCCCAUCCGGCGCAAGAGACAUGUUGAUGCGGAAGAGAAGGCCCCAGAAGAGACGCACACGUACUUUGGACAAGCGCUGGAAGAAUGGAAAGACACAAACCUUUCGCAGACCUUUAGUGCAUUUGCGAAAGAAGCUUCGCCGCUUUGCGACAACCUGGCUGUCGUCCUAUACAAUGAGAACAACAUCAUGGAGUUGCUGUGUGCAUACAUCGAGAAGGGAGAUGCGCUUGCCAUGGAGCCUCUGUUGAACCUUCUGUCACAUUUCGCGCAUGAUCUGGAUACGAGAUUCGAGCCGCAUUUCCCUCGGGCCGUGGGCACAGUGACGGCUGUAGCAGCGAAGCACGCUGAUUUCGCUGUGAUCGAAUGGAGCUUUACGUGCCUUGCAUGGCUGUUCAAGUAUCUCUCGCGACUCUUGACUCCGGAUCUCCGACCACUGUACGAUCUCAUGGCACCCUACUUGGGCAGAGAAAUGCAGAAACCAUUCAUCGUUCGCUUCACCGCCGAGUCCCUGAGCUUCUUGGUCAGGAAAGCGGCUGUCAUAUAUGAGAGAGAUCAAAAGCCUCUGGAUUUGAUAAUUCAGCAUAUGCUGAAGGAUAGCUUAACCAUGGCUACCGAGGAAGACACGCCCAGCCUGCAUCACCAGGGAAUCAUGACUUUGUUGACAGAGGCGAUUAAAGGCGUGCAGAACGGAGUCAGCGCGAGCGGAAUCUUGAUACUGCAGAGUCUUUUCAAAAUCUCGAGCGAAAUGACAAGGGAAGAUACAACCGCUUUGGAAAGCCUCGCAUCAGGUGUCUUGACAAGCCUGGUACAUCACUGCACAGCGGACACGUUUACCUCGAUACUCGAUACCAUCAUCGCAUUUGUGGAAAGCUCGCUCAAUGCCGCUCAGCCAUCCAAGAUUCGUUUCUGUAGUUCUCUGCUGUUCACAGUCAUCUCAGUGCGGAAAGGCACCAGGGUCUCAGCCUGGAAGCGGACAGUGGAUGCUGCUAAGAAGUUGGUGUCUGCAUGCCAUGAUUUGCCGGACUUUGAUGAAAAGGUUGCGGAUGCCGUUCUUAGUCUACUGGCUGUAAGUAUGCAGACUGCGACUAUUGAUACUGUUUUGGCCACAAGACAGACCUUGGACACAUUACGAAGCGGCAACUGGGCUCCAUACUUCCUCAGGUUCUGCGACAUGUCCCUGCGUCUCGGCCCAGAGCGCUUCACUGACUUCGUCCUACCUCAAUUUCAGAAGUCGCUUCUUGACAUGGGCGGGGAGUUGAAUUAUGAAAUCCUCAUGCUCAUUCCAAGAAUAGCAAGCAGCAAACGGAACUUGAAGCUCAAGUGCCAGCCAGAAACAGCAGACGCUGUGGUCGGGGGUCUUCGUGACAUUCUCGACAAAGACAGCGAAGACGUCGGAAAAAUUGCACACGCCAACCUACAGCUCGCUGCCAUGCCAUUUUUGAGCACGUCAGGCAAGCAUACGCAUGAUCUUGAGAUCACUUUGGCCCAGAUUGUCAACCGAGCGCUCGAGAGAGCUGCGGAUGAAAACUCUGCCUUUCAAAACUUCGCCCUUGGAGUCGUAUUAGAGCGGCUUUUACAUCUUGAAGGUGACCCGACUGCGCUGCAAGAUUUUUGGAUUCCUCUGUGCAACGCUUCUCAACAAUUCAUCGCACUGCCUCGAUUUUGCACCAACCUGCUGAAUUUCACGAAACAUUGUCAACCCACAGAGCUGGAAGGGGCGCACAUGGAGCUGCUAGAGAGUGUCCUAAUCUCGUCGUUGGCUCUCCCUUCGCACGCAGUCCGGCAGACGUGCCUGGACAUUCUACAAGGGCUCUGCAGGUUGCGCGGAUCAGAAAUGUCCGCGGCCCUGGCCACCGCGAUCACUAUAGAGUCAAUUCCGAUCACAAUGGAGACCACUCGAUCCAUCUCCAUGAAUAUUCGAAAGCUUGCAACGGACUAUAAGGUCGCCAGCGAAGACAAAGUUGCGGUAAAAGCGGUACCUACUUACUGCUUCGGUCUGCUACACCUCAAUUUGGCACAGGCUUGGGACGAUGCAAUCAAUACAUUGUCUUCGAUAUCACAAUCAAGGGCCGGCGAAGACGUUGUUGUCGAUCUCGCGCAAUCCUGGCUCGAGAAGAAGGCUGAUCCAGACGGGGAGGGUGAUAUAACAACCGCAAUUCUGGACGCUGAAUCGGAUGGCUUUAAGGUUUUCUCAGAUUUCGAAUGCCCUAAUCUUGCCAAGAUGUCAGCAAUAUCAAAGCAGGUCUUCGAGGAACCAUCUGGUGGGUAUCUUGCUCCAGCUGAAAAGCUAAAGUCUGAUCAGAAGCGUGUGCCGACGGUCACUCCAACGGCAAGGGGCCAGGCACUGAAGGUGCUGAAUAAGAUUCCACAGAUAGCAGAAAAACGGUCUCGUUUGCUUGUGCCUGUUCUUCUGCGAUGGGCCAAAGCCGGUCCUGCCGAAGAAGACGCGGACCCUCCGGAAACUGAUCGAUGGGCGCGCAAAGAUCAGAAGGCAAUGCUCGCGAUAUUUGCUCAGUUCGUCAAUCCCAAGGUGCUAUACAAGUCAAACGAGGUGCACAAGGCAUUGUUGUCCCUUUGCGCAAAUGGAGAUGUCGAAAUUCAGCGAUCCGCGCUGAAGGCGUUACUGGCGUGGAAGGAGGCGGCUCUAGUCAGAUACGCAGAGCAUCUGAACAAUAUUCUGGACGAGGCCAGGUUUCGCGAAGAGCUUUCUGUCUUUUUGAGAGACGAUGCUGACGAUGAUAAUGACGGUAUCAGACAAGAAGAUUACGAGGGGCUUAUGCCGGUCUUGCUCCGUCUGCUGUACGGGAGAGCCGUAGCAGGCGGCAAAGAAGGCCAAACUGGUCGCCGCAAAGCAAUAUUCGUGGCUCUGUCUCGGUUUGGAGAGAGAAAUUUAGAGCAAUUCCUGGACAUUGCACUCCCUCCGCUUACUGACCAAGGCGCCGGAGAUCUGCAGCAGCCUAAGAUGACACCGAGGCAGCAGUUUGGUAUGCUCAACAUGGUCAAUGACAUGGUCCAAACUCUGGGCGCCGAGUUGGAGCCGUUCGUCCGCAAACUUCUCAAUGGGAUGCUGUCCUGCACGAUAAGUGCCUCGAAGAGACUGGACCAGGGUCAGCAGGAGAAUGAUCUCUCGUUACUUCGAUCGAUACGCCAAUCAGGCAUGCAGUGUCUUGUCAGGGUGUUCACACAAAUGACGGACUUUGAUGCAUCAUCUGCUGGGAAGCUGGUGGUCGACGAGCUCAUACGACCUCGCCUGACCACGUUUGCAAACGAACAUGCGCAAUCUGUAUCUGGGACUUUGCGACUUCUUGUCGCUUGGAGCGGACGCAACGAAACAGCGCAACUCUUUGACCAAUCCGAUGGUGCCCUGCUGGAAGCUGUGGCGGAUUUGCUGCAAGCACAACACACCAAAGAUGAUGUGAGGCUUUUCGUCCUGCAGGAGAUUGUCGGGAAUCUCGUGAAAGACAAUAUCGAUGAAGCGAUUCUCAGAUCUCAUGUCUCCAGAUUCGUUCGCGCCAUUGGGGUUGUGAUACGCCUGCGAUCGUCAAAGGAUGUUCUAGAUGCCAGCGUGAGCUGCUUCUCUCAGCUGGCGGGACGUAUUGCUUCGGGAGAAGAAGCAACUGGAGUUAUCAAGAUCUGUACAGAGCUACUCACCAAGCCGGGAAAGAUGGUUUCGCCGGGUACCAAAGUUGGACUUCUACGUACACUGCUACCUCUUGUCGAGCGCUUCCCGGUGACCGAGAAAGAGGAACUAUAUGCUGCAUUAUGCGCACUUUUCUCACGCCUGCAAGAGCCGGAAGGCCGGUUGUUGCUCGCUGAGGUGGCCCGCGCCCUGAUGGGAGCCGAUCCUGAGCUGGUAAAGAUAUCUGAGAUAUGCGCGGACAUGAACGCUAUGGGAGGCCGUCUGGAUGAGCCGGAUCAUGACCGCCGUGAGCGUGCUUUCGCUUUCAUUUACGAGUCCGCUGGAACCCUGUCUCUCCAGCAGUGGAUGCCUGUCGUUCACAACUGCCUUUUCUAUGUUCGAGACGGCGAAGAUCGGGUAAACCGAUCCAGUGCUUCGCAUGCCCUGCAACUCUUCAUUGAUUCAGCCGCGCAGCAUGCUGAUGAGCAGGUUUGGAAGACACUGCUGGAAGAUGCUCUUUAUUCCGGCGUUGAGCGCGGCAUGCGCGAACGAUCAGAACUUGUCCGGGCAGAGUACCUCGCCAUUCUCGGCCAUAUCGUGGAAAAGAUGUCAAGUUGGCCGAAAGUCAGCGGCAUGGCAUCUCUCGUUGUCGGUGGCGAUGAAGAAGCUUCUUUCUUUACUAACAUCCUGCAUAUUCAGCAGCACCGUCGUCUCCGUUCGCUCAGGAGACUGAGUGAAGAAGCUGCCGGACUGGGAUCUCAGAAUACUUCUCGGAUCUUUCUACCGCUGCUUGAACAUUUCGUGUUCGACCAAGCGGAAGGAGAUGGAGGGAGAACUUUGGCCGAUCAGACGGUACAGACUAUUGGAGCUCUGGCCCAGACACUGAACAAGUCCGCGUUCAAAGCAACCUUCCAACGCUAUACAAGCUACUUGAAAACCAAAGAAGAAUUCGAAAAGACCGUGCUGAGGAUGCUUGGUGCUCUCGUGGAUGGGAUGCAGAGCGCGCCGGAGAAGGAGCGUAGCAGUCAAGCCAUCAUCGAGGAACAGCUGCCGCCACUGUUGGAAUACCUGCACCAGAAAGACGAAUCAACGGUGGAUCGACGAAUGCCGGUCGCUGUGACUAUCGUGAAGCUCAUGAAGAUGUUGCCAGAACAGGAGUUCAUGUCCAGACUACCUGGCGUCUUGACAGACGUCUGUCACGUCCUGCGUAGCCGCAGCCAGGAAGCUCGUGACGAGACAAGAAAAGCAUUGAAGGCUAUCUCCUCCUUGGUCGGCCCACAAUACUUCCGGUUCAUUGUCAAAGAACUGCGAGGCGCGCUUAAGCGCGGCUAUCAACUCCAUGUACUGUCGUUCACGGUGCAUGCGCUCCUCGUCGAAGCCCAGUUCGGGCCUGGCGAUAUCGACGAGUGCUUACCGGAUCUGAUGCUGGUCAUUAUGGAUGACAUAUUCGGCAUUACUGGACAGGAAAAGGAUGCCGAAGAGUACAAAAGUGGUAUGAAAGAAGUCAAAAGCAGCAAGAGCUUUGACACCAUGGAGCUGCUUGCUCGUGUCACCCCAAUCAACAAGCUCGGCGAACUCAUCCGUCCUAUACGGUCUCUGCUUUCAGAGAAAAUCGACAUGAAGAACCUCAAAAAGAUCGAUGAACUUCUGACACGUUUGCGGAAGGGAUUGGACCAGAAUGCGGCUUCUGACAGCAGAGAUAUGCUGAGCUUCUGCUGGGAGAUUGUCAAUCAAGUCUAUGCAGAGCAAAACGCACCGAGAGCUGAGGUAGACAAGGUCGAUGAGCGUCGCAGGCGGUAUCUUGUGCAGCCUGAAGCUCCCAAAGGUGGACUCAAGAAAGGCGUCACGACGUCUUAUCAGUUCAAGCUGAUCAGUUUCGCACUCAACCUGCUUCGCAAAGUAAUCAGGCGGCACGAGGACCUUCAAACUCCUCAGAACAUGGUCGGCUUCUUGCCAAUGGCUGGCGAUGCGCUUGUGCAGGGCCAGGAAGAGGUCAAGCUUUCUGCUGUCAGGCUCCUCUCGACCAUCAUGCGCGUUCCGCACCCGCAAUUUGACGUCGAUGCACCAGUCUAUGCUAAGGAAGCUGUCGCCAUGAUCAAAGGUACGGUAGAUAUGACAACCGAUGCCGCCAAAGCUGCGCUUGAGCUCCUUACCUCAAUUCUCCGAGAGAAACGAUCUGCUGACAUCAAAGAGAGAGACAUUGCACUCGUACUUCAGCGCAUCAAGGCCGACAUCGAUGAGCCUGAUAGGCAAGGUAUCACCUACAAGUUUCUGCGUGCUGUCCUCGGUCGCAAGAUUGUCAUCACGGAAGUCUACGAGACCAUGGAUGAGGUUGGUAAGACGAUGGUUACGAAUCCUGAUCGUCAGGUCCGUGAGAGUGCCAGGAGUGCGUACUUGCAAUUUGUCAUGGAAUAUCCGCAAGGCAAGGAUAGAUGGCAGAAGCAAACUGCUUUCCUGGUUGGCAAUCUUCAGUACGAACAUGCUGGUGGUCGUCAAAGUGUCAUGGAAUUCUUGCAUCAGAUGCUGAGCAAGAUUGGAGACGAUGUGCUUGCAGAGAUCGGAUCGAAGAUCUUCGUGUCUUUGCUUCCGGUUAUUGUCAGCGAUAGUGACGGCUCUUGUCGUGAGAUGGCUCGGCUGUUGAUCGGCAAGCUCUUCGAGAGAGUCGCUCCUGAACAGCUCACUAAGCUUCUCUCGCUCAUGGAAACCUGGUUGAGGAAGGAAAAGAAAGCUUCCAUCAAAGCUGGCGCUCUGCAGUGCUGGGCGAUUCUCUUACGUGCGAGGUCGGCUCCACAGAAGCAUUUGGAAGGCAUUCGUGACAAGCUCGAGGAUAUCCUCUCCAGCUGUGCCGAAGAAGAGACAAUCUCGGAGCCACGACUGGUACUAGAUGCUCUACAAGCGUUCUCUGUACUCGUCGAGACUGCUCCGAUUGUGGGUCUCGGACGAGAUUCGGCAGACCUUUGGCAGGCCAUACAGCAGCUUCCGUCCUCUGGCAAUGCUGAAGUCCAGGAGCAAGUUGCCACUCUGCUCGGUAUUUUCUUCACAGAUGUCGCGAGUACUAGCUCGAAGACGGCGGAUGGUCUUGCCGGUCUGCCCUUGCGAGGCUCUGGUGGACUCGAGAUUGGCGCAGAAGAUAUGCGGCGUCUUUGUGGAGUCAAUCUUCGAGCGCUCAGAUCUGUGUCCCUCGGGACAGCUGAAAGCCUUACAAUCCAAGUUGUACGCAAUCUCGUCUUCCUUGGAAGAUGCUUCGCUGCGAAUGAGAUGCCGUGGCGCGAGGACGUGAACAAUGAUGAAGCGUCCGACGAGGAGGAUGCUGAUGCAGCAGAAGACGGCCGAGUUGAUCAAGAGAUGAAUGAUUCCUCAUCAGCAUUGUCGAAUAUUCUCCGUCGUCUGGCCUCCAUGUUGAUGGCAGACAAGUUCUCUGUCAUCUCUCGCACCGCUGCGCUCCAGUGCCUCUCCGCCACCAUCAAUCAGAUCCCCACGAUCCCAGGCAUUCAGACGGUGUUACGUCCGCUGUAUGCUUUGACUGAUCCUUCUGUUCCCAAGCCUCCCGGCGAUCUGUACAAAGCGCUCAGCGACAAGGCUUCGGAAGCGCUGGAGCUUAUCCAGAAGAAAAUGGGGAGCGAGAAAUAUGUGGCUGAGUUGGCGAUCACUCGGGCUGCUGCCAAGACUAGAAGAGAGGAGAGAAGACAGAAACGACGGAUUGAGGCUGUUGCGGAUCCUGAGAGGUGGGCUGCUGGGAAGAAGAGGAAGUAUGAGGGCAAAAGGGAGAAGCAGAAGGCGAAGGGUGCUGAGGCUAGGGGCAAGCGGAGAGGGUGGUAA